AUGGCAUAUGAAUCACUUUUGAGAGACUUGGCUGUUGGCGACAAUCAAUACAAAUAUUAUGAUUUGAACGCUUUGAACGAUGCGAGAUAUGCUGAAUUACCAAUCUCAAUCAAAUAUUUGUUGGAAGCCGCUGUUAGACAUUGCGAUGAAUUCCACGUUUUGAAGAAGGAUGUUGAAACCAUUUUGGACUGGAAAAACAGUCAAAGAAACCAAGCUGAAAUUCCAUUCAAACCAGCUAGAGUUAUCCUUCAAGAUUUCACUGGUGUUCCAGCUGUUGUCGAUUUGGCCGCUAUGCGUGAUGCAGUUCAAAACAUGGGAGCUGACCCAGCAAAAAUUAAUCCAGUCUGCCCAGUUGAUCUCGUUAUUGAUCACUCUGUUCAAGUUGAUCACUACGGAAAGUGAGUAUCUUCCCUAAAAAUAUGAGGUUCUCAUUUUUUACGUGCAAAAUUUCAGCCUCGAAGCUCUCAACAAAAAUCAAUCGAUCGAAUUUGAGCGAAACAAAGAGAGAUUCAAUUUCUUGAAGGUGAGUUUCUUUUUUUUUUGAUAACAGCACAUACACACGCUCGAAAAUGUCACGCUAUUUUUUGUGAUAUCAGCAAAAAUGAAAUAAAUAAAAACACAAAGAACAAUUCUUUUUUUUCAGUGGGGAUCAAAAUCAUUCGACAAUUUGCUCAUUGUUCCACCAGGUUCCGGAAUUGUCCAUCAAGUAAAUCUCGAGUAUUUGGCUCGCACAGUUUUCGCUGACAAAAAUGGAGUUUUGUAUCCAGAUUCAGUUGUCGGAACUGACUCACAUACCACAAUGAUUGAUGGAAGUGGAGUUCUUGGAUGGGGAGUUGGUGGAAUUGAAGCUGAAGCUGUUAUGCUUGGACAACCAAUUUCAAUGGUUAUUCCAGAAGUUAUUGGUUAUGAAUUGGUUGGAACUUUGAAUGAUACAGUUACCAGCACUGAUUUGGUUCUUACCAUCACUAAAAAUCUUCGUGAUUUGGGAGUUGUUGGAAAAUUCGUUGAAUUUUUCGGAACUGGAGUUGCUUCACUUUCAAUCGCUGAUCGUGCUACAAUUGCUAACAUGUGCCCAGAAUAUGGAGCAACUAUUGGAUUCUUCCCAGUUGAUAGCAGAACUAUUGAGUAAGUCGAUUUUUUAAAAAAGAAUUUCAAAAUUAUAUUUCCUAAAAUUUUCAGCUAUUUGACUCAAACUGGACGUACUGUUGAAUACACUCAACGCGUUGAAUCAUACUUGAAAUCAGUUGGAUUGUUCGUUGAUUACACUGACAACUCCUACCGUCCAGCAUACACCAAUGUUCUUAAACUUGAUCUCUCCACAGUUGUCCCAAGUGUUUCCGGACCAAAAAGACCACAUGACCGAGUUGAGCUCUCAACAUUGGCUCAAGAUUUCACAAAAGGUCUCACUGACAAGAUCUCAUUCAAAGGAUUUGGAUUGAAACCAGAAGAAGCACAAAAAACUGUGUCAGUUACUAACAACGGAAGAACUGCUGAACUUGGACAUGGAUCAGUUGUUAUUGCUGCUAUCACAUCUUGCACAAAUACAAGUAAUCCAAGUGUUAUGUUGGCUGCUGGACUUGUUGCUAAACGAGCUGUUGAAUUGGGACUCAAUGUUCAACCAUAUGUUAAGACAUCACUUUCACCAGGAUCUGGAGUUGUUACCAAGUAUUUGGAGGCUUCUGGUUUGUUGCCAUAUUUGGAGAAAAUUGGAUUCAACAUUGCUGGAUAUGGAUGUAUGACUUGUAUCGGAAAUUCAGGACCACUUGAUGAUCCAGUCACCAAGGCUAUUGAAGAUGUGAGUUGUUUUGUGAAAAAUAUUUUGGAAUUUUGUUUUUUUUUCAGAACAACUUUGUUGUUGCUGGAGUUCUCUCUGGAAACAGAAACUUCGAAGGAAGAAUCCACCCAUUGGUCCGUGCUAAUUAUUUGGCAUCUCCACCAUUGGCUGUUCUUUACUCAAUCAUUGGAAACGUUAAUGUCGACAUCAAUGGAGUUCUUGCUGUUACACCAGAAGGACGUGAAAUCUUCCUCAAGGAUAUCUGGCCAACUCGCUCAGAAGUCGCUAAAUUCGAGGAACAAUUUGUCAAGCCACAAUUCUUCAGAGAAGUUUAUGCUAACAUCGAAUUAGGAUCCACUCAAUGGCAACAACUUGAAUGCCCAGAAGUCAAGCUUUACCCAUGGGAUUCUAACUCAACAUACAUUAAGAAAGUUCCAUUCUUCGAUGGUAUGACUUCUGAACUUCCAGCUCAAUCAGAUAUCACAAAUGCUCAUGUUUUGUUGAAUUUGGGAGAUUCGGUAACCACUGAUCAUAUUUCACCAGCUGGAUCUAUCUCGAAAACUUCACCAGCUGCUAGAUUCUUGGCAACACGUGGUGUUACCCCAAGAGACUUCAACACUUAUGGAGCUCGUCGUGGAAAUGAUGAAAUUAUGGCUCGAGGAACAUUUGCCAAUAUUCGUCUUGUCAACAAACUUGCUUCAAAAACUGGACCAUACACAAUUCAUGUUCCAUCUGGUGAAGAACUUGAUGUCUUCGACGCUGCUCAAAAAUACAAAGAUGCUGGAAUUCCAGCUAUUAUUCUUGCUGGAAAAGAAUAUGGUUGUGGAUCAUCUCGCGAUUGGGCUGCCAAAGGACCAUUCCUUCAAGGAGUCAAGGCUGUUAUUGCUGAAUCAUUCGAAAGAAUUCACAGAUCGAAUUUGAUUGGAAUGGGAAUUGUACCAUUCCAAUAUCAAGCUGGACAAAAUGCUGAAACUUUGGGAUUGACUGGAAAAGAAACGUAUAGCAUUGCAGUUGCUUCGGAUUUGAAACCAGGACAACUUGUUGAUGUUCAUGUUUCAAAUGGAACCACAUUCCAGGUAACACUAUUUUUUAAUAUUAUAAUAUAAAAAUUCCAAUUUUUUUCAGGUUGUUUGCCGUUUCGACACUGAAGUUGAGCUCACUUAUUAUAGACACGGUGGAAUUCUCCAAUACAUGAUCAGAAAACUCAUUCAAUAA